UCCUCCUCGAAAUUAAUUCCUCGCCGCGCGGUGGAAUUCGAAAUUCGCCCAAAACCCCCGCGUCGCCCGCGAAAAUUUCCCUCCAAAACCUCCGCGCGCUCCUCCCAAACCGACAUAAAUUCUACAGCGAGGAAGGGGGAGAGAGAGGGAGAGAGAGCGGACGCGAGGCAGCCGAACCACCAACGCGAGCGAGAGAGGGAGAGGGAGAGGAGGAGGAGGAGCAAUGGCGGGGAAGGGAGGGAAGGGGCUGCUCGCGGCGAAGACGACGGCGGCGAAGGCCGCCGCCGACAAGGACAAGGACCGCAAGAAGGCGCCCGUCUCCCGCUCCUCCCGCGCCGGGAUCCAGUUCCCGGUGGGGCGUAUCCACAGGCAGCUGAAGGGGAGGGUGUCGGCGAACGGCCGCGUGGGGGCGACGGCGGCGGUGUACACGGCGGCGAUCCUCGAGUACCUGACGGCGGAGGUCCUGGAGCUCGCCGGCAACGCCAGCAAGGACCUCAAGGUGAAGCGCAUCACCCCGCGCCACCUGCAGCUCGCCAUCCGCGGGGACGAGGAGCUCGACACCCUCAUCAAGGGCACCAUAGCCGGCGGCGGCGUCAUCCCGCACAUCCACAAGUCCCUCAUCAACAAGACCGCCAAGGAGUAGGAGAGGCAGCGGCGGCUAUGUGUUCUUGGAAGUUUUCUAUGACCUCUCUGCUAGGGGAUUAGUGAGAAAAAAAUCCCAGUUAUCUUUUCACUAGUAGUCUUAAUCAUUUAGGACUUGUUGUUAUGGUGAUUACCUGAAUUAGGUGUUCCUGAAUCUGUGUAAUGGCUGGCUAAACCUUUGGUAAUUUGGUGGUAGGGCUGAAGACUUGACUUGCAGCAGCUUGGUGUAGUUGUGAUGUGAAACUGCUUAUAUUUUUCUCUCUGUUGGGUGACUAGCUAAUGCUUGGUUGUUACUUGUUGAUGACAA